AUGUCUCUCUUCAGAUCGAAUGUACUGGAUGAAUGGCUUCAUAUGUUCGUAUUUGGUCUAUUAGCACUGAAUAAUAUUCAACAACAUGGUAAAUUAGUUGUACCUACAGCACAAAGAAGAGCCACCAUAACACUUGUUAGUAAAGAAAAACGUAAAACAGAUCGUCAGUUAUUGAUGAUGUUAAUUUUACAGGUGGUUUGUAUAUUUUUAUCAACAACACCGUUAUCCGCAGAACAUUUAUACAGCACAUUUACAGCUAACUUUAAAAAGAAUGCAUUCAAAAGUGCAGAAGAUAGUCUAAUUUUGACGGUCGUUGGUAAUAUAUCAUUUGUUGCCCAUUGUUCGUCAUUUUAUUUAUUCACACUUGAGAUGAUAAAAAAAGGACGUACGAAAAGUGACUAG